AUGAAAGAAGCGGAAAUACGGAGGCUCUUCGCUGCCAACCUCCUCCGUGUUUUUUCAGUUAUUCUGACAGCAGUUGUUCCGGCUUUCUUCUGGGACGGAUUCACAGUUUUGGGAACACACCUCACGUGGCUGUGUGUUUGUUCUGUUUUUAUUAGUACCCUUAGUAUAAUCUUGCACUUAGGCCUUAAACCAAAUCUGACCCCUAAGAGAAGUUCACUUGCUCACAAGAUAUCCAGAUUUCUAAAAUGCUGUAUAUACUUUUUCAUGUCUUGCAUACUAUUUCAUGCGAUUAUUGUUCUUUAUGGAGCACCCCUGAUAGAGUAA